AUGUUUGGUGGUUCUUCCUCAGCAUUUGGUGGUUUUGGUAGUAAUACUUCAAACAAUUCACCGUUUGGCGGUGGUGCAAAUACAAAUACAAAUACUACCAAUGCAUCACCUUUUGGAUCAAGUAAUACAAAUACAGGAGGAGGUUUAUUUGGUGGUAAUAACACUACAACUAAUCCAACAUCAACUUUUGGUUCGAAUAAUGUUUUUGGAGGUGGAAAUAAUACAACUACACUGGCUUUUGGAAGUAAUAAUAAUACUACAGGAAGUGGAGGAUUAUUUGGAUCAAAUAAUGCAACAACAACAUCAGCUUCACCAUUUGGUCAACCAGCACAGCAACAACAACAAGGGACAUCACUUUUUGGAGGAGCAAGCAAUACCAACACGGGAUUUGGCUCAUCAUCAUCUGGAGGAAUAUUUGGUGCAAAACCCGCCACUUCAACUGGGUUUGGAUUUGGAUCUCCAGCUCAAAAUAACACAACUUCAUCACCAUUUGGCUCAUCAACAACAAAUGCAUUUGGUACAACCUCAACAGACUCCAAGGUUAAUGAAGGUACAGCUGUUAAACCAUUCACACCAUUCUCAGAAAAGGAUUCAGCAAAUAUAAGUAAUGUUUUCCAAAAUAUAUGUUGUAUGCCAGAAUAUCAAAAUUUCUCAUUUGAAGAAUUAAGAUUAAAAGAUUAUGAACAAGGUAGAAGAUUUCCGCCAGCAGGUGGUGCAACUGGAACUGGAUUUGGAACAUCCGGAGGAUUUGGUUUUGGAUCAAAUCAACAACAACCACAACAACAACAACAAUCAGGUGGGUUAUUUGGAUCUCAAAAUAAUACUUCACCAUUUGGAAGUUCAACUGCUAAUGCUGGCUCAGCAUUUGGUUCAAGUUUCAAUAAACCUGCAUCACCAUUUGGUUCAACUAAUCAAACUUCAACAGGAUUUGGAUCAACUCAACAACAACAAUCUUCACCAUUUGGUGCAAGUACAAGUAAUGUUUUUGGUGCUAAUAAACCUGCUACAAAUGCAUUUGGUUCAAAUACUACUAGUGGUGGAGGAUUAUUUGGUUCAUCAAACACAAGUAAUGCAUUUGGUCAACAAAAACCAGGAGGUUUUGGUACUGGUACCGCAGGAGGAUUUGGUUCAUCUACUACUGGUGGAUUCGGUCAAACAGGAUCAUCACCAUUUGGUCAAAACAAUAGUCAACAACAGCAACCAGGUGGUGGCUUAUUUGGCUCUUCAAAUACAAAUAAUGCUUUUGGUGGUAAUACAAGUGGAGGUUUUGGACAAUCAAAUACAGGAACUGGGGCAUUUGGUUCAGGUAAUACAGGAGGUGGAUUAUUUGGUGGAGGUCAACAACAACAAAAUACAGGAUUCGGGGCUAAACCAUCUACAGGAUUCGGUUCAACUUCUGGAGGUGGAUUAUUUGGACAACAAAAUCAAAAUCAAAAUCAAAAUCAAUCAAGUGGUGGUGGAUUAUUUGGAAAUAAUAAUCAAAAUCAGCAAUCAGGAGGAUUAUUUGGUUCAAAACCAGCAGCUCCAAGUGGUGGUGGCUUAUUUGGUAAUACUCAACAAUCCAAUACAGGUGGAGGUUUAUUUGGAAAUAAUAACCAACAAUCUAGUACAAGUGGAGGAUUAUUUGGAUCUAAGCCAGCUGCUCCAAGUGGUGGUGGAUUAUUUGGCAAUAAUAACAAUCAACAAUCGAGCACUGGUGGUUUAUUUGGUUCAAAACCUGCAGCUCCAAGUGGUGGAGGAUUAUUCGGUGCUAACAAUCAGCAAUCUAAUACAGGAGGUGGAUUAUUUGGUGGUUCAAAUCAACAACAACAAGGUACAAAUGCAUUUGGUGGUGGAUCUACUACUGGAGGAUUAUUCGGAUCAAAACCAGCAACAACAUCUGGUGGUUUAUUUGGUGGUGGUAAUCAACAAAACACUCAAACAUCAGGAGGAUUGUUUGGUAAUAAUACUAAUCAACAACAAAAUAAUAGUGGAGGUUUAUUUGGUAAUAAUCAAUCAUCAAGUGGUGGAUUAUUUGGGAACUCACAACAAAAUCAACAAUUUCAACAAAAUCAAAAUUCAUCACAACCACUGUUUUUGCAAAAGACUCAACAACAACAAACUCAAUCAUUAGCUAAUAUAAACUCACAAGAUCCAUAUGGAAGUAAUCCAUUAUUUCAAUCAAUUACGAGUAACCCUCAACAACAACAACAACAAUCAAAUGGUUUUAAUAAACCACAAGCUACUUUAUUAAAUAAAUCUAAAGCCAAUAAAAAACCAGUUACAUUAGGUAGUACAUCACAAAGAAUUACACCAUUAUUUAAAAUAACUGUAUUACCUUCAAAAAAACCAAUUGAAGAAAUUCAAGAUGAAAUUUUUAAAACAAAAUCAAAUAAAUUAUUUUCAUCAAUAACUGAUUCAGCAAUAAUUACAUCAGAUAUUUUUAAACCAAAUAAUAAUUUUAAAAAAUUAGUAAUGUCAAAAAAUAAUGAUAAUAAUUCAACAACAAAACUUUUAGGUGAUUCAAAAGACAACGAAACUAAGCAAGUAUCAUUCAAUUUAAAUAAAACAAUAGAUGAUAAAGAUAAAGAAAUUGAUGAAAUUAAAGAAACUGUAGAAGUCAAAGAUAAAAAUGGAAAAUCAACUUCCAUAAUUACAAAAGAAGAAGAAAUAAUAAAUGAAGAAAAUGAUAAUGAAGAUGGUUAUUAUACUAUUCCAUCAAUAAAAGAAUUAGAAAAAAAAUCAUUAAUAGAAUUAAAAUCAAUUUCUAAUUUCAAAAUUGGUCGUAAAAAUUAUGGAGAAAUUGAAUUUUUAGAACCAAUAGAUUUAUCAACAUAUUUAAAUUUAAAAGAAUUAUUUAAUUUAGUAAUAUUUGAUAUAAAAUCAUGUAUAGUUUAUCCAGAUGAUGAUUUAAAACCUCAAUUAGGUGAAGGAUUAAAUUUACCUGCAAAAAUUACAUUAGAUAAUUGUUGGCCAUUAAAUCAACAAGAUAAAUUACCAAUAUUAGAUUCAAAAAACACUAAAUUAAUUCAAAAACAUGUUGAAAAUUUAAAAAAUUUACCAGAUAUGGAAUUUAUUAGUUAUAAUUCUGAGAAUGGUAAAUGGACUUUUAAAGUAAAAGAGAUGUAA